AUGGAAACAAAACUCAAUGCAAAACUAGCCACAGCCCACAAAUAUUACAGAGAUGGAAGGUCAGCCAACUAUGAAACACAAAUUUUACUUACGCAACAAAACGGGUAUUUAGAGCCAGACGAAGGCGAAAAAACCUAUAAAGUAAACCAAAAACAACUCAAAGAAAUUGUCCCUGAAUAUAGCUCAAGGCACAUUUUUGACCUUAAUUUGAGUUUUGGUCCAUAUGCACUUGAUUACACAAUGAACGGUACCAGCCUAUUACUUGGAGGCCGCAAAGGCCACAUUGCGUUAAUGAACUGAAGAGAAGCCAAACUAAUGACUGAAUUCCAUCUAAAAGAGCUUGUAAGAGACGUAAAAUUCUUACAAAACGAGCUUCUUUUUGCUGUAGCCCAAAGAAAAGGGCUUUAUAUUUAUGAUAGCCAAGGUAUUGAAGUCCAUGCUUUAAAAACACAUAUAGAACCUCAAAAAUUGGAAUACUUGCCUUAUCAUUUUUUACUUGUGUCUGCAAAUAAUCAUGGAUUUUUGAAAUAUCUGGACAUUUCUGUAGGAAAGCCUGCUGCUGAGCAUAGGUUCCACUUUGAAAAUGUCAAUGAUAUGAAGAGGAAUCCAUGAAAUGGGGUCAUUUGCGUAGGGGAUGCAAGAGGGAUUGUCACUAUGUGGACACCAAAUAUAAAUAAGCCAGUUGUUAGGCUGAUUGCUCAUAAUGGGCCAUGCAAAAGUUUAGCUAUAGAUUCUAGAGGGCUCUAUUUAGCCACUGGAGGUGCCGAUUGUAAAGUAAAAAUUUUUGAUAUUAGGUCAUUAGGAAAUCCACUCCAAGAAUACUGGACAGAAGUUCCAUGUAACAGCCUUUCAAUUAGUCAGACUGGGCUGCUAUCAAUGAGCUCUCUUAGUGAAGUAAAAAUAUGAAAAGACUGGCAGCUAGAAAAACAAAAAUCUCCUUAUAUGUCUCAUAUCUGCACUAGUUCUAUAGCAGACACUCAAUUUGUGCCUUAUGAAGAUUUUCUUGGUAUUGGAACGGCUAAUGGAUUUAGCAAUAUUUGUAUCCCUGGAAGUGGCUUAGCUAACUAUGAUAGCAAUGAAGCCAAUAUUUUCCAAACAAAAAGGCAAAGACAGGAACAAGAAGUCCAUAAUUUAUUAGAAAAAUUGCCACCUGAUACUAUAGUCCUGAAUCCACAUGAAAUUGGGACUGUUGAUAAAGCCUCUGAAGAAGUGAUCAAAGCAGAAGAAAAGGCUGAAAAAGAAGAAAAAGAAAGACUAGAAAAUGAAAAAAAGAAAAAGAAGAAAAAAGAAAAAGAAAAGAAGAAGGUCAAAGAGUCUGUGCAUACAAAGAAAGUGAGAGAGAAGAUUCAGGAUAGCUUGAUGGAGAAAAAGAAAGAUAAGCUAGAACAAAAAGAAAAAAUGGCAAAAGAUAUACAAUUUUUGAUGGAUGCAACUGCAGAUUUAUUUGAUGUUCCUAAGAAGAAAAAGAAAAUAAACGAAGAAUAA